AGCCGGAGCCCGAGCUGGAGCCACGGCCGAGAGGAGGGAGGAGGAGGAGGGGGAGGUGGAGGAGGCGCCGGAGCCGGGGGAUUGUCAGUAUUUAAACAGACCACAUCAUGCGUGAGUACAAGCUAGUGGUCCUUGGUUCAGGAGGCGUGGGAAAGUCUGCUCUGACAGUUCAGUUUGUUCAAGGAAUUUUUGUUGAAAAAUACGACCCAACGAUAGAAGAUUCCUACAGAAAGCAAGUUGAAGUAGAUUGCCAACAGUGUAUGCUGGAAAUCCUGGAUACAGCAGGGACGGAACAAUUUACAGCUAUGAGGGAUUUGUAUAUGAAGAAUGGCCAAGGAUUUGCACUAGUAUAUUCUAUUACAGCUCAGUCCACAUUUAAUGAUUUACAGGAUUUAAGGGAACAGAUUUUACGGGUUAAGGACACAGAAGAUGUUCCAAUGAUUUUGGUUGGCAAUAAAUGUGACCUGGAAGAUGAGCGAGUAGUUGGCAAAGAACAGGGCCAGAAUUUAGCAAGACAGUGGUGUAACUGUGCCUUUUUAGAAUCUUCUGCAAAGUCAAAGAUCAACGUUAAUGAGAUAUUUUAUGACCUGGUCAGACAAAUAAAUAGAAAAACACCAGUGGAAAAGAAGAAGCCUAAAAAGAAAUCAUGUCUGCUGCUUUAGACCUGAAGUCAGCAGCAGCUCUGAGCCAGAUUAUAGGAAUGAAGAACUGUUGCCUAAAUGGAAAGUGCCAGCAUUCCAGACUUCAAAAAAUAAAUCCGAAGAGGCUUCUCCUGUUUUAUAUAUUAUGUGAAGAAUUUAGAUAUUAUAUUGGUUUGCACAAGUUCCCUGGAGAAAAAAUUUGCUCUGUGUAUAUCUCUUGGAAAAUAAGACAAUAGUGUUUCUCCUUUGCAAUAGCAAUUAUAACAGAUGUGAAAAUAAAUAUACUUGACUCUAAUAUGAUUAUACAAAAGAGCAUGGAUGCAUUUCAAAUGUUAGAUAUUGCUACUAUAAUCAAAUGAUUUCAUAUUGAUCUUUUUAUCAUGAUUCCUCCUUGUCAAGCACUAAAAAGUUGAACCAUUAUACUUUAUAUCUGUAAUGAUACCAAUUAUGAAAUUUUUCCUCAACUCAUUGCAGCAGAUAACUUUUUUGAGUCGAUUUCAUUUUAUAUUUAAAAAUUAUGAAAUAUCAUCUGUCAUUAUAUUCUAAUUAAAAUUGUGCAUAAUGCUUUGGAAAAAUGGGUCUUUUAUAGGAAAAAACUGGGAUAACUGAUUUCUAUGGCUUUCAAAGCUAAAAUAUAUAAUAUACUAAACCAACUCU